GAAUUUGAAGGUGUUCUUGAAGAGUGCCCAAAAUCUAGACCUUCACGAAUUCCUGUCGAAUUUGACAGGUAAGUUAGAAAAUUCAGCGGUUUCCAAAAUGAGAAAUCAGUAAAGAAUAGUAAAUAUAAUACAUGAAUUUGAUGGUCAUUUUUAAGUGAACACUGAAAACGAAAGUAGGUAGAAAAGGUCGUCAGUAAUUUGAGAUCCGCAAUAUCAUUUAACAGCUAAAUGUUCUACCUACAUGCCAAUUUAUUAGUCGUACUUUUCAUAAACUCAUGUAAUUUGUCCUUUAAGUAUAAUCAUAGCCUGAAACAAAUACAUAAGAUAAUUGUCAAAACCAGUAUCUUGUUCUGAACACUGAUAAGAAAAUCCUAAGUCUCUUUAUAAAGUUUAACUCACCCGAUAAUAGAGUGUUCAUCAGUUUAAUAAAAACAAAAAGAUGCGCAAGUAAAAUUUGAUGGUAGCGUUAGUUGCUAGAUUCGUGUUCAGAUUUUUGUUCGCUGAAUUUUGCGCUCGUAAUCCGGCUUUCAGUAGUAUUGUCAUCAUCUCAAGCCUAAUAAUUAACUCAGCUGAAAACUCAUUAAUAGCUUUUCUCUCUGAUCAUGAGCUAUGUGAUAUCACUUUUCAUUCAUUUUAAUGCCACGCUGAUUUGCGACAAAAAAAACUGAAGAGGCUGGAAGAAGGGUAAUUCUUCGACGGAAUAUCUGAUUUCCUGUGGUCAAUUAUAUAACGUUUUAUAUAAACGAUACUGUGUGGUAUUAUUAUUUUCUGAAAUCAAAAUAUUAUUAUAAAAGAACUCUCAUCAGUUUUUGUCCUGACAUAAUUUUUCUGGGAGACCUAUUGUAGAUUAUAUAUAUAAAAAAAAAGUCGUUGAAGCUUAGUUGCAAUCAGAACUCGGUCCGUUUUCAAUAGACUAUUAAUUCAGUUUUACUCUGCCGUAAAAGUUCGUUUUUUUUUUUUUUUUACAUUUUAUCCUUUAAACUAUAGGGCUUUAAUUUUAAAGUAAAAAAAGCAAUGUCUCGAGUAUUCUGCCUUUAUUAUUAACUUUUGUGAAAAUGGUUUAGGCUGCUUGCGUGGUGUUCUAUUUUGCCUGCACAAAGCAGUUUUUCAAUAGGCAGUCUCUUGCACAUUGAGGAAACGCUCCUUCCAAUAAACUUAGCUUUUAUUGCACAAGCUCGGUUUGAAAAUGAAGUGGCAUUCAAUUUCCUUUGUUCAGAUUAAAAUUCAGUCUCGUUGCCAACUUUGAGUAAGAUUAAUUAAACCUCACGUUUACUGUGGUGAUAGUAAUAGGUAAACGCUACUGCUAAAGGUUUGAAGUUUGCCGCCGAUCACCGAUAAGAAUGCAAGUUACCGGCUUAUAUUUGUUUUUCGCUGAAAACUAGACACCCGCGCUGCUGUUUAUUGUAGACGUGAUGCGAAUGGCGUUAAAAGUAAGCCGUCAACAUGUUGACAUAUCCGCUAGUUCCAAUCAGUAGUUUCCAGUCGAAUUGUUGUUUAACUAUAGUAACUGAUUUGCUUUUGCUCAAGAUUUCAGUGUCAGCCAUCAACGGAAGUUAAUGGCAAUAAUUGUCGCCUUGUGUUUCAGUUUGUAUUAAAGAUACGCCGUUUUCACGAAUCAGCCCGAUUCAGACAAGCACUGCAAUGAAAUCUUGUAGUUUGCUGUUCAAGCCAAGUUCCUUUUUUAGCCUUUUAAAAAUUGUUGGCACAAACAAACGGUUGCGUGAAUUGUAGCUAAUUGUGAAUUGGCUGUUUGCAACGCACUUCCGAGAUACCGUGUCAGCCUUAUUCAGGGGCACCCAACGAGGAUAUAGUUCAAAACCACUUAACAUAGCAUUGUUGAACGUAUUUUAGUAUUUAAACGGUAGAUAUAGGCAUAUUUUUAUCCCCUAAAAACUUUUCAUCUGUUUGGAUUUCCUAGCUGAAAGUCUAGUGAUCCGAAAAUUAUAGGGAUCAAAACUUACCUUUUCGAAAAUUUCAGCCAGGAAAAGGCUCCUGAAAAUUCUAGAUGGCCUUUUUUAGGGUAAAUAUCCGUUUAAAAUGGGUAAUUAUACCAUUUUGUAGAUCUUCGAAAAUCCUAGGAGAGGCAGGCAAGCAAGAAAUUUUACAACAAGUGUUCCGAAAAUUCUAGUUCUCAAAUCGUCUUCCGAACAGAUAUUUUCCCGAAAAUUCCCGUUGAGUGCCCCUGCUUAUUAUGAAAACGUGGUCUGUACGUUAGGCAACUGUGAUGGGUAUUGUUAAUAAAUGAAAAGUUAUUUUCAUAUACAAAGAUGGGCAAGGACGUUCACUUUGAAGGAAAGGCUAAGAGGAAUUCGGUAAGGCCUCGUCACGAUGAGGGUGUAGUGAAAAACAUCAAAAGCAUCAGCCAGCAGUGGUAGCAGCAGCAGUGGCAUUAGCACUGCAGUAGCAGCAUUAGCAGAAGUCUAGCUCAUUCUCUCUUGCAGAAGUAAUACAGUGGAACCCCGUUAAUACGGUCACCAGUGGGUAAAAAAAAAUUGGAACGCGGUGGCCGCAUUAAUGUUUUUUUUUUUUGUAAGAAAAUGUAUUCUGCCGAGCUAGGCCGAAAAAGAGUGGCUGUAAUAACGAGGUGACCAUAUUACCGAGGUGGCCGUAAGGCCGGAUUCCACUGUAAAUGGCAACAUGUUCAGCAGCAGCAACAGUAGUAGCAGUAUUUAUUUUUAUUUAACCCCCAGAUACAGUGUGAGAUUUAUUGGGUCUCCAGCAAACAUCAGGUCGAAUAAAACAUAGUCGUGAUAGGUCAUUUUAGAGAGUCACGAAAUGUCCCCCACGCAGCCAUGAAGAAAGACACGGAUCCAUAUCAAGUUAAAGAGUAUUUUAUUGACGUCAUCAAAAAGCCCAGGCAGAUUUCGCAAUAAUGUUUUAAUAUUUCCUUUUUGAUCACUUUGAUGUUUUUUAGUUAGCCUGCUUAUCCAUAAUAUUCACCGAUUAGAGUAGUAUUUAGUUGUGAGCCUCCAUUUUGUGUUGGGAAUUUUGAAGGAAAAAUAAAAUAAUAGUCAGGGGCACUUAACGAGAAUAUAGUUGAAAACCAUUUAAACAUAGCAUUGUUAAACGUAUUUUAGUAUUUAAACGUUAGAUAUAGGCAUAUUUUUAUCCCCUAAAAAUUUUUCAUCUGUUCGGAUUUCCUAGCUGAAAGUCUAGUGAUCCGAAAAUUAUAGGGAUCAAAACUUACCUUUUCGAAACUUUCAGCCAGAAAAAAGGCUCCCGAAAAUUCUAGGUGACCUUUUAAGGAUAAAAAUCCGUUAAAAAUGGGCAAUUACAGUAGUUUUGAGAUGUUCGAAAAUCCUAGGAGAGGCAGGCAGGCAAGAAAUUUUACAACGAAUGUUCCGAAAAUUCUAGAUCUCAAAUCGUCUUCCGAACAGAUAUUUCCCGAAAAUUGUCGUUUGGUGCCCCUGAAUAGUUUUUGAUUUUGUGGUGCUGGGAUUGAGGAGACAGCUGUAUCUGUAAAAAACUGUAAACUAAUGAUUGUAGCUUUCGAGUCGGAGCAGGCGUUUCCUGUUUUAAUGACGUCAUUUAAUUAUAAAUUUAAGGAUUUCAUCAAUUCACCAUUUUGCCCAUAACAUAUAAUCUUUUUAACUCUUAAAAUUUUGCUUAACCAGGCCAUUGUUUCCAACUUCCCCCGAACAUUAAAUCUCGCCUAAAGAAAAUUACGAGGUAAUGCCUAUGUUUUUUUUAGUUUGGAAGGGGUUGGAGAUGGGGGUAAAGAAGGCAAGGUGUUAGCAGCCGAUUAUGGAAAUUUAUGGGUAGUGAACAUUUCGUGCGUGUCUAACAUGACGUAUUAAAAGUUAUGUCUUCUUGAACCGAUGACGUUCUAAUGCAACGAGAAAUUUUAAAAAUGGAAAAUCAUCGUUCAAAUUGUUGCUUUUUUAAAUACCGGAAACUGCUAUUACAAAAUUGCUCUAGACAAAAUAGCACGUAAAUUGUUAGUGUUCUAAAAAAGAUAGAUGAGCUGCCUCUAUCCACUUACAUAAUUUAUUGUUACUUUUAAUUGUUCUCAGUUCAUGAGUAAAGCAGGUCCACAUGGAAGCUGCGGUAUCGGACCGGGUUUCCUUACGUGGUAUCGGAUUUCGUUGCCUCAAGUUCGUAACUCAUGCAUCGAGACUUAGGUGACGUCAAUGACCUUUUAUACCUUCUCUCGAAGUUAAUCGUCACAUUGUUUUUAUGAAGUGUUGAGCAUAAGUAGUUCAAGUCCAACCUUUGACGAAUUCUGAAAUUAAAAAAUUAAUUAAAAACGAAAACUAGCAAAGACCUUGGCCUUGGAAACAUAAUUUCGUAAGCGCUGUGUUAUCACAAGCUUUGGCGGUCCGAUUCAAAUGGACGUCACGAUAACAUUUGGUGUUUUGUGCUCUCACGUAACAUAAACAAUUGCCGUGGCAAAGAAGAUAAAUCAGGCAAAUCAAAGUACAAAGGCUUAUCUUUUGGGUAAAGAAUCUCUCAGCGUAAUUGGCUCGUGUUAGGGAGACUUUUUCACUAUCAGAAAACACUGACAUCCUUAUCGUAUCAUCCGAACGCUAAGUUGAAAGACGUGCGUAAUUACUAUGCAUUUGAAAAAUGUAUUUUAUUCUGCGGAAACAAGAACAGUGAAGUCGAUCGCGGUUGUUUGAAAGUCUCGAAACGAGGAGUUUGGUGUUUUAACACUAAUAUGGGUGGUCAACAAUAGGCCGGAUGACAUCGCAGGUUAGACGAACAACAUAGAGUAAGCUAGUUAUGUUACUGCACUGAAGAUCAAAUGGCAAAUUCCUUAAUAGCAACAUUACACUACUCGUUGACAGCAAGUUAACGUCCGGUAAGGAUUGCUGGAAUUUGAGCAGUUUAGGGCAAGAUGCCGAACGAUUUUUUACUCCUGACAUAGCACCCGACCCUAUCAUAGGGCAGCUUCAGCUUUCCCUUCCUCGGAAUUCUCCUCAAUAUGAUGUUACUUUU